AUGGCACAGAUAGUUAAAUACACUAUUGUCCUUCUCUUAUCAUUCUUAAUCCUCCACUCCCUUACAACAUUAGCUCACUCAAAAAAAUACAAUGAGAAGAAACCUUGCAAGAGACUUGUGGUCUACUACCAUGACAUCCUCUACAAUGGCACAAAUCUUGCCAAUGCCACGUCAGCAACGGCCGUGAACCAUACCAAACUUGGGAACUUUAACCAUGGGAUGCUUGUGGUCUUUAACGAUCCUAUUACCAAAGACAACCAUUUGUUAUCUCCCCCCGUGGCUCGAGCUCAAGGUUUUUACUUCUACGAUAUGAAGACCGAGUAUAAUGCUUGGUUUUCUUACACUUUGAUUUUCAACUCCACUGAACAUAAAGGGACAAUCAAUAUUAUGGGCGCGGAUAUGAUGGGUGAGGAGACGAGGGAUCUUUCUGUUGUUGGUGGCACCGGUGAUUUCUUUAUGGCACGAGGCAUUGCUACUUUUCGGACGGAUAGUGUACAAGGUGACUUUUACUUUAGGCUUGAAAUGGACAUCAAAUUGUACGAAUGUUAUUAA